UGGUACAGUUGUAGUCAAUAUAUUGCUAAAGAGCAGUUGCAUCUCUGUGCAUCAUUGCUUUCGUGGAGUUAUUCGCCAUCUUAUGUAGAAUUUAAGGCAAGGAUAAACAUUAAAAUGUUUCCUUUGUUUUAUCACAGUUUACUCAGGCACAGUAUCAGCGACAGUGAUACCCAGCAAAGGCUGCUGCCUUUGAUGCCUUUGAUGCUACACUGGUAUCAAAGGCAGCAAAGACAUCAGUGGCAGUUUCUGUUGACACCGGAAGUGCCUCUACGACCUACCGCUGCCACGAUUUGAGCUGGCUGCUCGAGACAAACUGCUGUUACCAUGGUGACGGGUUUGCCAGGGUUUUAUAAAAUGCAUUUUUUUAAACAGCGUCACGUUUUUAACUCAACACAUGUCAAAUUUAGUUUAGUAAAGCAACAUCCACAUUUUUUUUUAAUUCAGAUAUUUAAUAAAGUUUUUAAUACAUCCUCGCUCCCAUGGACACCGGAAGUGAAACUUUGAACUCCGAGUUUGGACCAAUCAAAGAGCUGCAGGGUGCCGGUGUUUCCACAGCUGAUCACAGAUUGUUGGCUUCUAUGAGGGGACACUGAUCUCAGAGAAAUGAGUGCGAGGAGAAGAGGCGGGAAGCCAAACAGAGGGGGGGGCAAAUUUAACAAGCCAAGAGGAGGUGGUGGAGGUCGUGGAGGUGGUGGAGGUGGAGGUGGCGGUGGCGGUGGAGGUGGUGGUGCUGGUAGGAAAGGUGGAGCUGGUCGAUGGGACGAUGACGACGAUGAUGAUUUUAGCCUUGAUUUUGGACCUUCUCAUUCCAGCAGACCUCAGAAACAACGAGGCGGUGGCAGCCGUGCUGGUGGCAGCCGUGCUGGAGGCAGGGUUGGAGGCAGGGAUGGAGGCAGGGAUGGAGGCAGAGGAAGGGGAGGGAGGGGACGAAAGGAUCUAAAUGGCAGAAGUGAUGGGAAAAGUAGGGGCUUUCCUAAAGCUCUCCCGAGCUCCCUGGCGAGAAUCAGGAUGAGCCCAAAACCAGUUGAUAGCAGCAGGUUGGAGGUGAGCUCCAUGCCCUUGCAAAGGAUUUUCAUGACCAAUGAGAACCAAGAACAGCUCAAGGAGCUGCUGCGGGAUCUGCAGACACAAGACUCUUAUGAUCCCUAUGAUGAAGAAGGUUCAGAUUAUUCGGGGGGAGAAGCUGAUGAGGAGGAAUAUGAUGAGUUGGAUCACCGUGAUGAAGGCCAGUUUUGGACCACUAAUGAUGAGCCUGUGGAGAGAGCAGAGAGUCCAUUGUAUGACACAGAGUCUGAUGAUGAACGGCCUGCCCCUGAACCUAUCAUCUCUUUAUUUGCCAUAGGCAAACUCUGCAGGUUUGGGUUUGACAGGGAACGCAGUAAGCUGGCUCUCGAAUCUGGUGGGGGGGAAUUUGGGGCCACUUUGGAACAGCUCCUCCACCAGGUCUUCAGUGAGCGCUACGGCCAGAAAGCAGUGUCCCCUGACAACCUCAAGGGAGUGCCUAUGGAUGAGUGUUUCAGCCAGAGGCAGGAGGAAGCUCUGGUUCUCACUGCAAUUUUUGGUGACCGCUUCACUGAGCGCAUUAGUAACGCAGUGUGGGUAGUGAGCCUGGACCUCUCAUUUCUCCCAGUCAACAAUGGCAAGAAGCGGGAGAGUCAAGGUGGUGGAAGACCUGUUCACAUCCGUGACGUCUGCAGAUUCUACAUGAAAGGGCAAGGCUGCCGCUUUGGAGACAAAUGCAAGUUCAAACACCAACUUCCUGACAAAGGGAGGUCUGGUUCCCCAGACCCAACGGGCCCAAGUCAGCCUGGAUUCAGCAGCUCUUCUUCUCCCGAGUAUGAACUGGAAAUCCGUUUCCCCAAAGGAAAUCGUUACCCAUUUCAGGCACCGAUAGUCGCCUUCAGCACCAACAAUGAAUCUAUUGGAGCCCCAGGGAGGCUCAGCGUGACCGAGAGAUUAUUUGAAGAGGCACUCUCUUCGGCAAAGAGCAGCGAGCCUGUUGUUUACAAUCUGACUACCUUGUGUGAAGAUGAAGCUACCAUGAAGGAGCUGCUGGCUGUCAGUCACCACAAAUACAGCACGCCGCCGCCUGUUUUGUCGGUUCCUCCCCCCUCUCUCGCCGUAGCUAAGAGUAAGAGUGUGAGGAGCAGUACAGCAGAGGAAAGCAGGAGUAGUAGUACUAGUAGUAAUAAUCGCUCUCACAGCAGAAGGACUGCUCCACCCAACAACCAAAGACCCUUAGAUUUGAAAGAGACAGUGGAGGUAGAGGAGCUGGACGAGAGAGAUGAAGAUGAAGAAAACGAGGCUGUUCCUGUUGUUAGCGAGAGUUACGUCAAUCUGAGGAAGAAGAUGGUGACUAAGCACAACCCAAGGUUAGACAACGUACUGCAAGAAAACGGCAAACUGUGUCGAGAGUUCCACAUGAAAAAGUCAUCCAGGCGCUUCAGGUCCAUGCUGGAGCAGAGGAGGAACCUGCCGGCUUGGCAAGAAAAAGAGAACAUCCUCGACAUUUUGGACCGGUGUCAGGUGCUGGUGGUCAGCGGGAUGACAGGGUGUGGUAAGACCACCCAGAUCCCUCAGUUUAUUCUGGACGCCUCAUUAAGUGGUCCAGCUGGUCAGGUGGCCAACAUUAUCUGUACCCAACCACGCCGUAUUUCUGCCAUCUCUGUGGCCCAGAGAGUGGCACAGGAGCGAGCAGAGAAACUGGGCAACUCCGUGGGAUAUCAGAUCCGUCUGGAGAGCGUCAGGACGUCUGCCACCAGACUCCUGUACUGCACUACAGGUGUGUUACUGAGGAGACUCGAGGGAGAGGCCGACCUCACAGGCACCACGCACGUCAUUGUGGAUGAGGUGCACGAGCGCACGGAGGAGAGUGACUUCCUGCUGUUGGUGCUCAAAGACCUGAUUGUUCAGAGACCAGACUUGAAGAUCAUUCUCAUGAGUGCCACACUUAAUGCCAAACUCUUUUCUGAAUACUUUUAUGGCUGUCCCUCUAUCCAUAUACCAGGGCGAACCUUUCCUGUCGACCAGUUUUAUCUGGAAGAUGCCUUGGCUAAAACUGGUUAUGUCAUUGAGGAUGGCAGCCCUUACAUGCGCUCAGGGAAACACAAUAUGUCUUCUACUGGUGGACGAACGAGCAAAGUAGAGCCGAGGAACAUGGUGGACGACUUGGGUGACGACAUGUGGAACUGCAUGUCCUUCAGUAAGAAGGACUUUGUCAAAGACUCAAUCCCAGACCAGCAGCUCAGCCUGCAGGACCUUACGGUCAGAUACAGAGAUACUAAGAAGUCUGUGCUGAAGACGAUUUCUGCGAUGGACCUGGACAAGAUCAACAUGGACCUGGUGGAGAGUCUGCUGGAGUGGAUUGUAGAUGGAAAACACAACUACCCUCCAGGUGCAGUGCUGGUGUUCUUGCCAGGCCUGGCUGAGAUCAAGAUGCUCUAUGAACAGCUCCAGUCCAACAGAAUGUUCAACAACAGGGGGACAACCAGGUGUGUGGUGUACCCACUCCACUCAACCUUGUCCAACGAGGAGCAGGAGGCAGUUUUCAGUCGGCCACCUCAGGGCACCACAAAGAUUAUCAUCUCCACCAACAUCGCAGAGACCUCUGUAACCAUUGACGACGUGGUUUAUGUGAUCGACUCUGGCAAGAUGAAGGAGAAAAGGUAUGAUGCAUCGAAAAGCAUGGAGAGCCUUGAGGACUCAUGGGUUUCACGGGCCAACGCGCUGCAGAGGAAGGGUCGAGCGGGUCGCGUGGCCUCAGGAGUCUGCUUCCACCUCUUCACCAGUCACUGCUUCCAACACCAGCUGUCGGAGCAACAGCUGCCGGAGAUCCAGAGAGUGCCUCUGGAGCAGCUCUCCCUCAGGAUCAAAAUCCUGGACGUGUUUGCUGAGCAGAAUUUGGAGUCGGUCUUCACUCGGCUCAUCGAACCCCCGGCGAUGGAAAGCUUGGAAGCAGCCAAGCAGCGCCUGCAGGACCUGGGAGCUUUAACUGCAGACGAGAUGCUGACCCCGCUGGGCUACCACCUGGCCUGCCUUCCCGUUGACGUGCGUAUUGGGAAACUGAUUCUAUUUGGCGCCAUCUUCCGCUGCCUCGACCCGGCGCUCACCAUCGCUGCCAGCCUGGCCUUCAAAUCACCUUUUGUGUCUCCAUGGGAUAAGCGAGAUGAAGCCAAUGAGAGGAAAUUGGCCUUCGCGUUGAACAACAGCGACCAUCUUGCUUUGUUACAAGCAUAUAAGGGAUGGUGCUCCGCUGCAAAAAGUAGUAAAGGGGCCGGCUUUGCUUACUGCAGGGAAAACUUCCUGUCAUGGCGAGGCUUACAGGAGAUCGCCAGUCUGAAGAGGCAGUUUGCUGAGCUGCUGUCAGACAUUGGCUUCAUCAAGGAGGGACUGAGGGCCAGGUUUAUAGAGCGCAUGUGCUCUAAUGGCUCUGAUGGUGUUCUAGACGCCACUGGCCCUGAGGCAAACCUGAACUCAGACAACAUUCGCCUGAUGUCUGCCAUGCUGUGUGCUGCCCUCUAUCCCAACGUGGUCCAGGUACGAGCUCCUCAGGGAAACUACAAGAUGACCAGCAAAGGAGCGAUGAAGAUGCAGCCUAAAGCCAACGAGCUUCGCUUCAUGACCAAGAACGACGGCUGCGUCCACAUGCACCCCUCGUCUGUCAACUACUUGGUUCGUCACUACAACAGCCCCUACCUGGUUUACCAUGAGAAGGUGAAAACGAGCCGCGUCUUCAUCAGGGACUGCACCAUGGUGUCCGUUUACCCGCUGGUGCUGUUUGGAGGCGGUCAGGUCAACAUGGAGCUGUUCAAGGGAGAGUACAUUAUCUCCCUGGACGACGGAUGGAUCCGAUUUGCUGCCUCUUCUCAUCAGGUGGCCGAGUUGGUGAAGGAGCUGCGCAUGGAGCUGGACCAGCUGCUCGAGGACAAGAUCAGGAGCCCAAACAUGGACCUGUGCAACUGCCCCCGCGGCUCCAGCAUCAUCCGCAUGAUUGUCAACCUCAUCACCACACAGUAGCUCCACUCUUCAUUAAACCCUUUUUGUCACUAUCAAGGGCUAAGAAUGCAUGAAGUUCCAAUGUCUUUGUGUUCCAGCAGCUCUGCUACAUAACACAUCUGAAUAUGUGGAAUCGGGCUAAACAACCUCAACACUGGUAAAACUAGGAUUAUCAUCAUGCCUCUGUCAAUCUACACAUACAUUUUCUUCCAGACUCGAAUGAGGUCACCGUGACCUUUUGACCACUGAAAUCAAAUCAGUUCAUCUUCGAGUCAAACUGAUCAAAAUUUGAAGAAGUUCCUGAAAGGCAAACUUUAAAAAUCAUGUUCAAAAGGCCAAAGACAUGUUUUAUUAGGCCACUGGGACCAUCAAAAUCGAAUCGGUUCAUCUGUUGGGACACAUGGACUGACGUACACCCGGAAAACAUAAUGCCAUUUUCUUUGUAUUUUUUAGAGACAGAUUAUCUGGGCAGAUUUUGUUCUUGAUUGGAGGUCCUCUGCAGUAGUGGAAGAAGUAUUCAAACAUUUAACUUAAGGAAAAGUGCCAUAUUUAAUUUUUACGAAUGUAACAUCAUCAUGGAUAAGCCUCGGCUGUGUUUCUGCACCACUGAUGCUGGCGCUGCAGGAGGUGGGGUCUAAUGUUACCUGCCCAAUCAGAUUGGUCCAUUUUUCUUCUCGAUAUUGAUUACUGAAAGUGAAAAGUACUUAAAUAAAUCUACUGAAGUAAAGUACACAUACUUUAUUUAUACAUACAUCAUAUACAUACAUUACAUUUUGUGUGAGUCCCAAAAUUACUGCUUAUUUCUGCCACAAUUCAUAGUUAUUAGAAAACUGUCAGGAAGCAAGGUUGUUACUUUUGGUGAUAAAAGUUGAGAUUCAAGAGCAGGUUCACAAUCAAGUCUGGUUUAAAACGAUGGUCAGGUGGCUGUAUUUACAUGGAAACAGCUUUUUCUUGCUGUAAACAUGUCAAGUUGUCAUGAAGAAAUCCUCCUAAUACAUUUUCAUUAAGUGAUGAGGGACAAAUUCACAGCCCUUCUCUGGAACACCCCGCGCAAAUAAUCUGAAGUACCACUUAACUACCACUUAACUGCUGGCGUCACAGUCACCACUUUAUUUACCACCAAGUAUCAGUUUACACAAAGGUUUUAUUGUGAUGCUUCACCAGAGGCUUUUUGAAGCAAAUUCUGCCUUGAAAGAAAAACAUGACUAUGCAGGUGAUCAACAAACCUCCAGCAGUGUUGUUGCAGUUUGUUCUGAUACCAAUAGAAAAAGAAAAGACACUUGUUUUCCAUACCAACUACUGUUUGUGCAGUAAAUCGGCACAUUGAUUGUUGAAUUCAAUGUCAGAUACAGUUUGUAAACUGCAUUUUUAUUGGAGGUUGUGUGUUUUGCUCACAACUGAGAACUUCUUAGGUCCAUAUUGGACUUAUUCUUACAGUAGGUGCACACUUGUUGUGGAUAUUUAUUACAUAUAUGUGAUGCAUGAUGGACAGAUCAAGAGCUUCUGCAUGAGUUUUUACAUUUGCUGAAUGUAUUUAAAUGCUACAAUAAUGUCAGAACCACACUUUUACAAUGUGAAUACAAGUGUUUUUUUAAGUCAGGAGAUUUAGGUGGGAGCGGCCAAAGAAUCUGAAAAAUUACUAUCUUGACAAAUGAUUCAAUUGACUGCACUAAAAAUAAAAAAAAUAAAGAUACCCAAA